CGCGAUUGUUUUUAGCCAAGUGUCUAUCGAGACGCUUUGGUUUUUUAUUUGUCUUUGUUUUAUUUUAAGUUAAAUCAAAAUUGUUUUGGCCGCCGUAGCAUGAGCGAUGUAUUAAAAAGCUCACAGGAGCGUUCGCGUAAGCGCCGACUGCUGCUGGCUCAAACUCUUGGAUUGGCUAGCGUGGAUGAGCUGAAAAAGGUGCUGGGCAAUGCGGAGGACAGUAUGAGUGUGGGUGGCAGUCGCCAGCUCAAUGCCAGCGGACAACGUGACGAAGUGGAUACUGAUGAUGAUGAGAUAAUUUAUCGUGAUUCUUCCACAUUCUUGAAAGGCACACAGUCUUCCAAUCCGCACAACGAUUACUGCCAGCACUUUGUAGACACCGGACAGAGGCCACAGAACUUUAUACGCGAUGUCGGCUUGAUCGAUCGCUUCGAAGAGUAUCCCAAGUUGCGCGAGCUCAUCAAGCUCAAGGACAAACAAAUACAGGAUACAGCCACAGCGCCAAUGUAUCUCAAGGCGGAUCUCAAGACGUUGGACUUUAAGACUUUAGGCACUAAAUUUGAUGUAAUACUCAUUGAGCCGCCGCUCGAGGAAUAUGCCAGAGCAGCACCAGCUGUGGCCACUGUGGGUGGUGUACCACGCGUGUUCUUGAACUGGGAUGAAAUACUUAAUUUGGAUGUGGGUGAAAUUGCUGCACAUCGUUCAUUUGUGUUCUUGUGGUGCGGCUCAUCAGAGGGCCUGGAUCAGGGCCGCAACUGCCUGAAGAAGUGGGGAUUUCGUCGCUGUGAAGACAUCUGCUGGAUACGCACCAACAUUAAUAAGCCAGGUCAUUCCAAACAGGCCAUACCCAAGGCGGUAUUUCAGCGCACAAAGGAGCACUGUCUGAUGGGUAUUAAGGGCACCGUGCGUCGCUCCAGCGAUGGCGAUUUCAUACACGCAAAUAUUGACAUUGAUCUGAUUAUAUCCGAGGAAGAGGAAUUUGGCAGCUUCGAGAAGCCCAUUGAAAUCUUUCAUAUCAUUGAACAUUUUUGCCUGGGCCGCCGUCGUAUGCAUCUGUUUGGACGCGAUUCCAGCAUACGACCAGGCUGGCUUACUGUUGGCCCGGAGCUAACCAAUUCCAAUUUCAAUGCGGAGGUCUAUAAUACGUACUUUAUAGAUAUGCCUAACACUGGUGCCACUCCUCGAAUUGAGAUGCUGCGUCCCAAGAGUCCGCCACCCAAUAGCAAAGUGCUGCGUGGCCGCGGACGCGGCUUUCCACGUGGUCGUGGACGGCCUAGAUAGUCGCUAAUACAAUUCGCUUGUAUUUUUAGUUUGUAAGUUGACAAUUUUUUUCACUUAAAGCUCCAUAUUUGCACAAUUUUGUGAAA